CCCUGACGCCACCUCUAACGGUACCUUCAGACCUUCAGCCUAGAGCAAUCUCCUACAUGACCGUGAACCGCGACUAAACCAAAACAAACACCGUAACAUGUGAAUACUGCCCGUCAUCGCCAUGAGCUCGAUCGGCGUCGUCGUGUUCCGCAACUCGCCGCUGGCGCGCGUGCAGGUGCUGCAGGAGACCGUGAACAACUCCGCCAACAUCGCCAACAAUGACGUCAGCAAGAAUGUGAAACGAGAGAUCGUCAUACUGCGGAAGAAACAGAAGCUGCAGUCUCCUUCGACGGUGUCUGUGACGUCAUUAGUGCGCGCCGCGGAGUCCUCGGGCCCGCCGGCGGCCAAGAGGCUUCGUGAGGAGGCGGAGGAGCAGGCCCGCUCGCCGACGCCACUCGCCGUCGCGCGACGCAACGCCAGGGAACGCAACCGAGUGCGGCAAGUCAACGACGGAUUCGCAGCACUUCGACGACACAUACCCGAAGAAGUCGCCUCGGCUUUCGAGAAUGCCAACUCUAACAGAGGACCUAACAAGAAACUGAGCAAAGUGGAGACACUACGCAUGGCUGUUGAGUACAUCAGGAAUUUGGAGACACUGUUAAACAUUGGACACUUGGACAAAGAAAAUAACAUGCGGCCGUCAAUGGAGUCGUUCCCUUCUCCGGCAUCUUCGUCUCCUCGAGACAACAGCCAGGACAGAAGCUACUUCUGUCUCAAUUCUCCAGCAAUGGACGAUGACGAUGCGGACGAAGACGAACUUGAUGGCUCUAUGACACACAUGUCCCAGCAGCAAUUCGUCACGCUGCCAGCCCCAGAUUCGUUUCAACUCGUGUCAACUCCACAUUUGUAUGAAGAAGAAGACGGUGGUCCACCAAUGACUCCAUCAUCAGACCUCCUAGCUCAUGAAGACGUUAACUCACAUCUGAUGGACAGUCACUUUCAGUUUCCUAAUUCCGCUGAACAGUUCACUGUGAUUCCAGAGCAGAGCUUUUGUGGUGAAUCCGACGUUAUAGGAAAUGAGAGUGAGUUCGAAAUGAAAUACGCGGAUUCUCUACACGUGCAGAUGAACCACAACUUCAAUGAUGAAGAGCUUCCACUGGACGCGAUCAACGCCGACAUGAUCCUAGGUCAGGAUCAGUUUAAAGAAAACACUGCGUUCCUAGACAACGAUCAGUUCAGUGAAGUUGAACUGAAGAAAGAGCUUCCUGACAUCCAAGUGACUCCCGAAGACAGAGCGCAGUUUGAAGAGACGCUGAAAUGGUGGCAGGAGAAGACCAGGCAAGCGCGGGCUCUGAUGAAGGGCAAUCAUAAUUAACGAUAGAAUUUUACAUCGUUAGUUAGAUAUUUAUUGUGAUGUAGUUGAUAAGUAGAAGUAAGUAGUAAACAUGCAGCUGUCAGUGCCAAAGUAGGUGGAUUGUGGGCGCAAGGUGCUCGCAACGGCCAUCGGCCUGUGGGGAUUAAAGUUUAUUUUUCUUCAUGGUAAAGUCGGCCGUUGUUCAUUAAGGCAAAGUAAAGAGACACCUUGCGUUUCCAGUAAUAACUAUAGUCGG